AUGUCUCAAGACGGCAUGACGGGUGGUCCCGGAGCUAGAAACGCGAAAGCACGUGAAGGCAAGUAUUUUUACUUCCUCGACUACACAAAUCAGACAUGCCAUCCAUCUGCUAGUACGCACUCUCCGACGAUGGCAUCGCAGCUGCUCCCUCUCGAGCUGAUCGACCGGUGCGUGGGUUCGCGGAUAUGGGUCAUCAUGAAGGGCGACAAAGAGUUCAGUGGCACGCUGCUCGGCUUCGACGACUUCGUCAACAUGGUGCUGGAGGAUGUGACCGAACACGACUACUCUGGUGCUCAAACCAAGCUUCCCAAGAUCUUGCUCAAUGGCAACAACAUCUGCAUGCUGAUACCAGGAGGCAUGCCGGAGGGUGAUGAAUGA